GUACAAGUUGGCUGGUUUCAGAUUUGUUGAUAAAUUGAUUUUCGGACUUUGAUUUCUGGCGAUCUGAUUUUAAUGUGGUUCUGCUGGUUUUUAGCCUGCUGCCUAGCAGCACGGCAGGAUGAGCACAGUUCAGAUAGAGCCAUUAAGAAGCGCGUGAAAAAAUACAGACUGGAGGAACUAAAGAGAGAACUGGAGGCUUUGGGGGUUAACGUUGAUGGACAUGGACAAAACAUAGAUGAAAAUAAAAACAAAAGCAAAAAGACCAAAAAGGAACUCCAAAAGGUCCUAAUAAAGAAGCUGAAGCAGGUCAAGGACGGCAGAACUGGCCUGGACAAGAGGGCUAGGGAGAGGGCAGAAGGACUAACUCUGCCCAUGGAGAUCCCAGAAGACGUCCUAAAUGUUCUUCAUGACCUUGAUGGAUUCUUGGACAAAGAGUUGGAAGACUGUGAGAGAAAUGAACAGAGGGAUGACGAUGUGAAAGCUGUGCUCGACAGUCUCCUAGAUAAAGUGGACUCGACUCUGGCUUCAGAAGGACUGAAAGACGAAGAAGAAAAGAAGAGAGUCUUGAGGCCAGAGGUUGGAGACAGGAAGGAGGAGGCUGAGCGGGAAGCGAAUUUCUGGAGUGCCAGAGAGAACCACAAAGCCUCCGUCCCUAGGAGGAGGUUUCGGGGGGCAAGACACAGCAGUGUGUGAC